CGGCGCAGGGGUGUGGCAAGGAGGGACAUCCGCCACACCCUCCGCCGGAGAAAAAAAAACCUGUGUAGAGUCACGAGUGGUAGCAGCAGCAUAUGCAUGGCAGUCACAACUACGAUGGCUGCAACAUCUCCUUUUCUCAGUAUGGCGACUACUGGCGCCAAACCAAGAAGCUCGCCAUCGCUCACCUUCUUAACCAAAAGCGUGUCCGGUCCUUUCAUACUCUCCGGCAACACCAAGCUUCUCUUAUGAUUCAAAAGAUAGCCGGUAGUAAAGAGGAGGAGGUGGUGAAUGUCAGUGAGAUUGUGUAUGAGUAUUCAAAAGAGGUGGUGAGCAGAGCGAUGUCCGGGAAGUUGGGGAAUGCUGAGAAGUUGAAGGAGAUGGAGGAGGAUUCAUCAGUGUUGUUAGGAGGGUUUCAGGUUUGUGAUAUGUUUCCGGCGAUGGGAUGGUUAAGUGCGUUGAUGGGGUUGGAUGGGAAGCUGGAGAGGAUUGCCAGGAAGUUGGAUGUGUUCCUUAGUAAGAUUUUGGAGGAGCAUGUUGAGCGCCGGCGACAUGGCGGCACCGGAGAGAAGGAGGAGGAGGACUCCGUUGACCUUCUGUUGGUGUUGAAAGAGGGAGAAGAUGGAGACUUUGCCAUCGCUGAUGAAAACAUCAAGGCUAUAACCAUGAUUUUUUGUUGACUGAUCAGAAUGUUUAUUCGGCGGCUGGAAAUUUUUUUUUCCGUCAACUUUUGCCUCACCUUUUGAUGAGUCCUGGCACCGCCAUUGGAGAGAGGGGUAGGCACAAAUAAAUUGAUGAA